AUGGGCGUCUUUGACAGCCUCGACUCGGGCCUUACCGAGCUGCUCGGGCAGUGGAACAUCUACUCGACCGGCUUGGUGACGCUCCUUCUCGCUCUUGUCUCGUACCGCGUCAUCGCGACCCGCGAACCCGAUGUUCAUCCCAUGCUCCUGGCUCGCCAGGCGGUUCCGUCUUCCGUCCGAAAUGAGGGAGAGAGUCCCGUAUACCGAUCGCAGGCUGCCCCCCACGGCAUGCCCCUCAACGCCGGCCUGAAUGUCAAGGAUUCCGGAGCUUCCAAGUGGUCCCGCGGCCGCAACGGCGACCUGAGGGAUGUCUGGAGGAAGGCGGCUACGGGUGGUGAAGAGGGUGCUACGGGACGUCUGUUGACUGUUUUGGGAUCCCAGAAUGUUGUUGACCAUAAGCUUGAGGAUAUCACCCGACAGAUCAACCUCAUCGGACAGCACAUUGCGGAGGCAGGCGGCAUUAGAGUUGCCGUUUACUUGCCAAACUCGAUUGAGCUCCUGGUGACCCUCUUCGCCUGCAGCUUCUACCCGAACUUGACCACCGUCUUGAUCCCAUUCGAUGUCUCCAACGACGAACUUGUUUCCAUGCUCCGCCGUUCCGCCGUCGAUACCUUGGUUACUGCUCCCGGCUCGUUCCCCUUCGAUGCUGUUAUCCAGGCCUAUCCUUCCCUACGACAGCUCAUCUGGGUCACAGACGAGGGAAGCAACCACAUGGACUGGAAUGAGGUACCUGAGGGCACCGGCAGCAAGAUCAAUGUUGCUACCUGGCAGGAUAUCAUCCGUGAUGCUCCCGCGCAUGCUGGUAGCGAGCUGCCAGAAACUGAUCCUGAGAAGACUCCCAUGGAUGUUGUCACCUUUUGGCAGACUGAGCCUGGUCAGGUUGAGGAGAUGGUGCGCUUCAGCCAGGCAAACCUGAUUUCUGCCAUUGCUGCUCAGCUCGCGGCCAUUCCCACCAAGGAGCGUAUCAACCCUUCUGACCUCUUCCUUCCUGCCGACUCUCUCGCCAAUGUGCACACUCUGGUCCUCACUUUGACGGCACUGUACUCGAACGCGUCGGUUGCCCUGAACUCGGUCGCUGGUAGGUCGCCUGAUCUGGUGCUUGCAACUCAAGGGGUUGCUCCCACGAUUCUUGUGGCAAGCCCCGAUGCGCUGCUUGCAACUCAUGAGGAGUCGACGUCCAAGCUGUCCUCACCCAUGGCCAAGGCCUCGCACAUCCUCGCUACACGAUCUUUGGUUCUGGAGGGAAUCCACUCCCCAUCAAACUUGCUGUCCGGCUUCUCUUCUGGCGCAUCUCCGGCUCUUGGAACGACUCCUGGCAAGCUCCGUCUCGUGUACGCUGCUGAGCGUGCGGGAUCUGACACCCCCCUCUUGUCGGCCACGGUUCUGUCGGAUCUGCGAGUUUUUACAGGGGCCAGGAUUGUGUACGCCUUGACGGCUGCCAAGGUGGCUGGUGCCAUCAGCCAGACGGCAUUCUUCGACUAUCGACUCUGCAAUGACGUCAAGAGCCACUUCGGAUCGCCGCUCACCAGCGUGGAGGUGUUUUUGAAGGAUACUGGUGCUCACAAGACGACCGACGAGAAGAUCGAGGGCGACAUUGUGGUGAGGGGACCUUGCGUCGCUGGAGGAGAGGUCAAUAUUGGAAUUCCUGGAAAGAUUCGAGACGACAACACGCUUGCUUAUGCUUGA